AGCGGAAGCCGCUCUUUCCUCCUCGCCUCGGUGGUUGAGUGACUGACUUCCGGUGGGCGGUAGAGGCCUAGUCUGCGGACGGAGCCCUUCUGCCUCAGGCGCCGGAGAAGCGGGAUCUCCCUGCGGAGGGUCCUGGCUCCGGCAGCAGCAUCAUGCCUAGGAAGAAAAGCCAGCGGUCGCUCCAGAGGCUCUGCCUGGAGAACAUAGCAAGGAACAUGCAGCGUGUUUGGGCCAAGGACUACACUGACAAGUACCUGGAUGAGUACCAGUUCCGCUACAUCCAGGGACCCUUCAGCGAACUGGCUGGCUCCCUUGUUCUAGAGCUAAUGAGUCUAAUGGGAGAGCGCCUGACCCGUGCCAUGCUGCAUUUGCUCCUUGUGCCCCACCUGAAAGAGCUGUACUUGCACAUCUGUCCGCAGCUGGUCAGCAAGGCCAUCGCCCAGAUGGUGACAGCACGCUGCAAGAAUUUGACCUCUCUGCUUCUCACUGGCUGCAGCCGAAUUCCCUCAGCUGCAUUGAUUGACCUCGUGGAAGGCUUGCCGGGUCUCACAACGCUGGCCCUUGGGGAGACGCAGUGCAACACACAGGUCCUAUCUGCCAUUGGCUCCACCUGCAAGCGACUUCGUGUGCUGGACAUCUCUGACUGCAAGAAGCUCUCUCCAGCCUCCCUCUUCCAUCUGGCCUAUGAUCCCACGGCCGGCACCUUCUGCUGCCAAGCGUUGAAGACCCUGGAGGUGGACGGAAUGGAGAGCAGCACCCCAUACGGCAGCGACCUGCCCUGGGCCCUGGUCUACCUGCUGCUGGCCUUGCCCAGCCUGGUAUUCUUGGAGAACGAGUUCGCCACGGAUGCUGUGUGUCUGAUCCAUGACCUGCAUUUUGGCGGUGUCCAGGUGCCCCCUGGGUUUCCCUCCCUAAAGGAUCUGGUGCUGCGCUGGGCAUCUGCCAACCCAGAUAAGGUGGGCUCCAAGCCGACACUGCCUCUGAAGGAACUCAUGGAAGUGAGCGAGUCCAACUUGCGUGUCGUCCGGGCCGUGUGCCCCAAAUUGGCAAAGGUGACAGUGUUUCUGGAGGAGAGACCUGGCCUGUCCCGGCACUUCCUGCCCUGGGCCUCUCUCACCAGCCUGACCCUGGAGUGCUCAGGGCUCCGGCAGCUGGAGGAGGUGCUCCCAGUCACGAGGCGCCUGGGGACCCAGCUAGAAUCCCUCUCGCUGGACGGCUUCUCCUAUGAAGACGAGAUGUCCUUCCACAUCCUCCUGGGCCACUGCCCCAACCUCCGGAAGUUCCAUGCUGCCCUCUUCCACUAUUGGAAGGGUGGGCAGGGCGAGGAGGCCUCGGACAAAGAUGGCCGUCGCCCCCUGGCCCCUCAUGCAUUCCCCCAGCUUGAGGACUUCAGCCUGUCCUUCUCAGAGCUGCAAGAGCCUUCCCCUCAACUGCAGGUGUUGAAGGCCAGCCUGGCCUCUCUCCUCAAACGUUCCCCUCGCCUGGGGUCCAUAAUGCUUCUUGGCCUGCCCUUCUCUCUGGAUGAUGCGUUUGCGGAAGUGCUGGGGGCCCCUGGCACUGACACCGCCUUUCCCCACCUCACUUUCCUUUCGCUGAGUGGCUGCAAAGUCUCCAGUGGCACCAUCCACCGGAUCCUGUCCCUAGAUAACCCACUUGGCAACCUUAGUUUGGACCGCUGCCCGGACAUCCAUCGGAAGCACUAUGAUGAGCUGCUCCAGAGGGUCAGCAGGGAAGGCCUUGAGGUGCGCAUCACAUGGGAGUGAAGAGACACCCCCCCCCCACCCGCCAUAGACCCAAAGGCUCACACCAAGACACAGAGUAAUAAAAUUAGGACUACACAGCCCAAGUAUCACCUCUGAAAGAUGCUAGCAGGGCAGGAAGCAGUGGGUUCUGAGUAAAUGUCACUGAGGGGCAGAGUCUGGCCAGACAGGAUUGCUUCCUGGACUUACGUCCCUCCUGUACACUUUGUCCCAUCCUGCAGUGCCAUUGCUCAACACAGCUGCGCUGGGUCUGAAUGUUCAGCUGGUUUGGGCUGGGCCUGGCUCUCAUUCCAAGACUCCUCAACUUUGCUUGAGACUAACACCCCACCCCCCUGCUAUGGGAUCAGCUUUAGUGGUAGUAGGUAGUCUACAGUGAAGGAAAGCCUCUCAGUCCUUUAGCUGAAGGGUUGCACCAGGGGUCUGUCUAUGGAGAACAAAAUGAUGACUCUACCCCUGCCCCCCAUGCCACCAUCCCAUUACUAGACCAGUGGGUGAUGGAACAGUGGGAAAUGACCCUGAACACCAGGUCUUGGCUUGGCACAAACCUCCUUGGGCUGAGCCAGGCUACCGCAGUAUCCUUUGCUUCGCUUUAAAGGACAAUUGGAGUCAGGGGCUGGGAGAGUACAUUCCCAAGGAUCAGUGUGUCCAUGUCAAGGCAAAGCCCCAUGUUGUGUGUCCUGGAGCCAUGAGGCGUUUCGCUGUUUUUGUUGUACUGGAUUGUAUUACAGAGUCAUUAUACUGGGAUCUGUUGUAAUUUGGGGCCAAGGUAAAAGGAGGGCAGGCGUUGGGUGUGUGCGGAGGCUGGUGGCUGGGCAAGACAGUGUCCUGAUGGGUAGCUAUACUGUACCUAAUGGGUACAGUAGCAGGCAUUUGAACAGGUAUAUCGAGGGGUGAACUGUGGAAAUAUAGUGUACAGUAUAACAAAUAGGAAACUGCAGUGACAAGUUUAUAUGAACACCACUUUUUUUGUCCACUUGCUUCUUUUAUAUCUUCUCUAAUAAAAUUCAUUUGGUGCAA